AUGGCGUCUAGUGAUUCCAUAAUUUCCAUUGGAAAAGAAGCUGAAUGGAGGACUUUGUCAUUAACAUUAUUUCCCCUGCGGAGUGGCUGGAAUGCUGUAUCUACAGGUUUCCAAGAGACUGCACAAGCUUUCUCUGAUCGGACCGUGAAGAGCCAGGAGGAUCUUCGAAAGAUUAUUAAAGAAAAUGAAGUAAAAAUCCGUCAUUGCUAUUCCGAAGACUGUAGGCUCAACAGUAAGGAUUUUGUGAAAAUGAUUCUAUUGGAUGCCAUCUUUAUAAUUGAGCUCUUCUUGAGCAUUGAUGAAAAUGACGAAAAUGAUUACAUAGUAAAGAAACCCUGGUUGGAAAUUGGAUUGAAAUUCAUACCAGCUAAGGAGAGACGCUUACUUGACAUAACAUUCUCCGGGAAUGAUUGCUUGAAACACUGUCCAUGGUUCAAUUUGUCAUGGCUCUUGGCUUGCUUACCAUGCUUGAAAUGCUUUCCACACUUGGAGCGUAUGCAAUGUAUCUUGGAAAUUCCACCCCUUAAGAUUUUUGACAGUACUGAAUUUCUUCUUUGAAACCUCAUGGCCCUCGAGUAGUGUCAUUAUCCACUUAAAGCUUACAUUUGCAAUUAUGUUUUGCUUUUGGACCAACUUAUCGACACUGAAAAAUAUGUGGAUUUGCUAGUUGAGAAAAAGGUCGACAUUGCUAACAAUAUCGGUAGCAACGCUGCUGCGACGACUUUAAUUAACAGACUUUGUCUUGAGAUUGUGGUAGAUGGAUCCUGUUACUCUUCUCUAUGUCGAGAGAUUACAAGCUACCUUGAUAACCCUUGGAACAACACCAUGGGAACCAUGAAAAGCGUGUAUUUUCGUGAUUUUUGGAGAGGCAGCGGAACUGUGGUUGGACUAAUUGUCCUGGGUUUCACUUUCUGGGGUUUCCUUAGGCCUUAUUUCAUGAAGGUUUGA